GCUUCUAAUGAUAGUUUGAUAACGGUUCAUUUACGAUUAUCUGUACCAAAUGUUUAUACACGUUUAUGCAUUAAAAUGGGCAAUAAAGAAAUGAUCUCUGCUGAAGGUUUUGGUGCAGCAUGUAUUUUUGCUUAUAUUAUAUUAGCUGAUACAAUAAUAGAUGACAAAAAUAGUCAAACAUCUAAUUCAGGGCGUCUAUUAGAAGUGAAUAAAGGUGACAAUGUCAAAUUAAGUAUAAAAGAUGUGACCAAUUCAAAAGUUAUAUUGAAUAAAUUGAAUAGUACUAAAGUACCUCCAAGAAGAUCUGCAUCAGUGAAGAAAAAUAUGAAACCGGGA